CGUCGCUCCAACCCUCUUUUACCCCACGACACCCAUUAUCCGCCUAACCAAGUCUUUCAGUUUCCACACGCCCCUCGAGGAUAUCCCUCGCAGCCGCUCCCAUCAUGGAGGACAGGGCUCAGUUCGACAUCAACGAGUCACUGAAGUAUUAUCUGAGUGACCCAACCUCUGUUCCUACCGCUGAUGCUGAACCCGAACUCUUGGAAUGUGAAGCCGACCCGGACCAAUUGUCCACUGCAUUAAUUGAUAAUGUCCUAAACCCUAUUGUCGAUGCGAUAGCUGAGAACCCGGAAGGUCUAGCCAGGCCGUCCUUCUUCGACUCUUUACAGUUUCUCUUAAAACACUGCUCAAUCUUGCCCGUAAGGUCGCUGAGCAAGCUCCUCGACCUAAUUGUGUCAGGAUUAUCCGUUGAAGCGGAUAUUAUCCACGGAGACCUCGAGUCCGACGAACCGGAUGGCGUCCAACACCAUAAGCAUUUACUAGAAAUGUAUGGUUUCUUAUUACAAUGGGCACUUUCUGCCGUGGAAGUUAAGGCAGCCGAGCGACCUGCGGAUGCUGCUCCUGCUCGGAGAGGUGUAGGGAAGUCGGGUCGGUCGAAAGCUAGCAUGAGAGAAGGUCAUUGGGACUGGACAGCCCAGAUACAGAUUUCCAUGGAGACUAUGUGCAAGGUCAUGAAGCUCAAGCUCAGCAGGAUAUUUUUAACUACAUCAGACCGCGACACAUUUGUUAAUCUAUUUACACGUUCGAUCUAUCUCAUCCUCGAAAGUGAGCAGCGAGUAAAGAGUAUGACUAUUCGCAUGCACGCCUUCAAAGUUCUAUGUAUUGCGGUCAAGCAUCAUGGCCAUGCUUUUGGCGCCCAGACAUCUAUCGUCCAGAGCUUAACAUAUUUUGAGCAUCUGUCCGAGCCUAUGGCUGAAUUUUUGCACAUCCUUGCGGAGCAAUAUGAUUAUCCUCAGCUGUCGGAUGAGAUACUGAAGGAGCUUGGAAAUAAGGCGUUUAAUUCCAAUGAUACACGAGGGCCAAAGUCGGUAUCUGCGUUUAUCGUGAAACUUUCUGAGCUUGCCCCACGAUUGAUCAUAAAACAAAUGACACUCUUGGCUAAGCAGCUUGACAGCGAAUCUUAUACCCUUCGUUGUGCGGUGAUUGAGGUUUGCGGGAACCUUAUUGCUGAUCUCAGUCGGCAAGAAGAGCGCAGUGAUAAUUACAAGACCCAGAUUAAUGCGUUCUUUGAUGUGCUCGAGGAACGCUUCCUAGACAUUAACCCCUACUGUCGGUGCCGUGCCAUCCAAGUGUAUAUGAGGAUUUGCGAUUUGGAUCAGAAGUUCCCGAAAAGGCGGCAGGCAGUUGCAGAACUGGCAGCAAGGAGCCUGGAAGACAAGAGUAGCAACGUACGACGAAACGCAAUUAAAUUACUCUCCAAGCUGGUGUCUACUCACCCAUUCAGUAUCAUGCAUGGUGGACAGCUCUCCUAUAAAGAGUGGAUAGCCAGACUUGAUGCUGUUGAUGCCGAACUGAAUUCCCUCCGCCCCCCUGAGACACCAGGUUUCGACGGUGGCGAGGCCUCGCAUGUUGAUAGCGAACUCUUAGAUGAUGCGACGCAGAUGCCAGACGAAUCCCCUUCCAAAGCACCGCGCAUGACUGAAGAAGAGAAAGCCGCAGCGGUGAAAAGGGCCGCCGAGCAAGCUGCAACAUCGGAACUGCUAGCGCGGCUUCAGUUGACUAGAAAAUACUAUAACGAAGCCAUUCGGUUCAUUGAGGUUCUGCAUACUGCCUCUGGAGUCGUCACACAACUGCUGUCGUCUAGAAAUAAGAGUGAGGCUAUAGAAGCCAUGGACUUUUUUGUUGUGCUUGACGCAUACAAGGUGGAAACAUCCCGUAGUGGAAUUCGACGAAUGCUCCGACUUAUUUGGACAAAAGGCAACAGUGACGAAGGGAAAGGCGUCCAAACCCAUCUCAUUGACUGUUACAAAGGUCUUUUUUUCGAAGCGCCAGAUUCCUUCAGCCCCAAUGAUGCGGCAAACUACGUUGCUCGGAACAUGAUCAGUCUGACGUUUGGCUCUACACCCGCUGAGCUGACAUGUCUUGAGCAACUGCUAAGUACUAUGAUGAAGGCUGGUCAUAUUUCGGAUGCUGUCAUUGCGAAGUUGUGGCAGGUAUAUGGGGUCCAAAGGAAGGAGAUCUCGAAAACCCAACGCCGGGGUGCUAUCAUCGUCCUUGGCAUGCUUGCUCUUGCUGAUCCCGACGUGGUUAUCAAGGAAAUUGAGGUAAUGCUGCGGAUUGGUCUUGGGAGUUUGGGAAGGGCGGACCUUGUUCUUGCGAGAUAUACAUGCAUUGCCCUGAGACGGAUGGUGCCGGGCCGACAGGCAAAGUCCAAAGAAGUCGGCAUUCCCAAACUAAUUAACGAUCACCCCAUCCUUACCCAACUCGCGGCUAUUGUCGAGAUCGUGUCCGACAAUAAAGAAUGGUAUGGGGUGGCAGAGCAAGCUGUUAGUGCCAUAUAUGCACUGUCUAAACAUCCAGAUGUUUUAUGCUCUGAUAUCCUCAAGCGGAAGACAAGGUCUGUUUUCCAGCCACAAGCACAGCGCUCUCCUUCACAAGGUGCUAGUGAUGGGGACGAGAAGCAUCCCGGGACAGCGUCAACAGACAGCCCAACCACCAGAAAGUCUUCAUCUGCUGUGCUCUCCCAACUGCUAUUUGUUGUUGGACAUAUUGCAAUCAAGCAAAUAGUACACCUCGAGCUGUGCGAGCUUGACUUCAAGCGCCGCAAAGCGGAACAGGAGAAAAAUAAAGCGUCCACUGCAACACCUCAAACGAGCAAAGACCCCACCGAAGAUGAUGAACUUGAUCUCAUCGGUGGAACAACGGAAGAUGACUUUACAGAUGCCAUGGCACACAUCCGUGAGCGGGAACUGCUCUAUGGAAAUAAGUCUCUCUUGUCCAACUUUGGCCCGUUGGUUACAGAAAUUUGCGCCAACAGCAACACAUACCCUGACCGUAACCUUCAGGCAGCAGCAACUUUGUGUAUGGCCAAAUUAAUGUGUGUCUCGGCGGAGUACUGCGAGAAAAACCUCCCUCUCUUAAUCACUGUUAUGGAACGUUCCGAAGACCCAAUCGUUCGUAGCAAUGCAGUAAUUACGCUGGGUGAUAUGGCAGUGUGUUUCAAUCAUCUUAUUGACGAGAACACAGACUUUCUAUACCGCAGGCUCAAUGAUGAUGAUGUCUCUGUCAAGCGCACAUGCCUCAUGACUCUAACUUUUCUCAUCUUAGCAGGCCAGGUCAAAGUCAAGGGACAAUUAGGCGAGAUGGCCAAGUGCUUGGAAGAUGACGACAAAAGAAUUGCUGAUUUAGCGCGCAUGUUCUUCACGGAGCUAGCUAGCAAGGAUAAUGCAGUGUACAAUCACUUCGUUGAUAUGUUCAGUCUCUUGAGUGCAGAGCGGAACCUUGAAGAAGCUUCAUUGAGACGUAUUGUCAGGUUCCUGAUCGGAUUCAUCGAAAAAGAGAAACAUGCCCGGCAACUGGCUGAUAAGCUGGCUGCUCGCCUCCCACGGUGCGAGACCGAGCGGCGAUGGAAUGAUGUAGCCUACGCCUUAUCGCUGUUGCCCCAUAAGAAUGAAGAGAUAACGAAGAUAGUGAGUGCUGGUUUUAACAAGGUAGUAGUCACUGCCAAUACCUAGGGCGACGAUAUCGACCAACUCGUCGGUUGGUUUCCUUUGGCGUUUUGAGAUGGCGCAGCGGUGAACAUGGAUUUGGCAGUUAUGAGUCAUUCAAGAAACUAUGGGAAAUCUUAUGCUGAGCAGUAUAUUGAGCUUAAGAGUACUCUUCUUUUCAUCGUUUGGGUGGUGGCUAUUGUGGUUGUAAUCAUUAUCAUACUUCUCAUCUUCUUGCUGAAGGUAGUUUCUGUUGGCCUGGGCCAUCAUAUAUGCGACUCCAACCUAUACAAGCUUAUAUAAUGGUCAUAUUUUCUGUAAUUUUUGUUCAUUUACAGGAGGUGGUAGCCCUCCCGCUUUGGUCAUAACUCGUCGUCAAUAUCGACUGGAAGCUUAAGACUUCACAGGCUGGAUUCGUUGGGACAAAUGAACAAGAUUUUCUAGCUACACGUAUGUUCGCCCCUAGUAAAUCAUGCUUCCGUGGUGAUGACUGUAUCGCUUUGUUUUUUUAUUGUCUUAAAUUUAUCCAAACCCUUUAUC